GGGAGGGAGGGGCGGGCACUGCAGCAGUGCGCCUCUCGAGCUGUCUCCGGUAAUGUUCCACAGAUACACACGCCCCUCUCCGCCCCUGCCGCGAGACAGGUGGUUGGACCGUGCGCCUUCAUCCCCGCGCGCUCCCUAUUAGAAUAACGAGGGGGGGGAAAGACAUUUAUAUAUACAUAGGCCUAUCUGUUGACAGCAAGGGGGGGAAAAGGGUCGGCCGGCGCGAGCGCGUCCCCGAUGGACUUCCAGCGUGUGACCUCCUCGGCCAACACCGGGCGGACGGCGGGAGAGGGGGGCAGCAGCCCGAGCGAUCCCCGGCCCAAAUGUUUCGCGGCGGAUUCCUGGAGAUGCCGCUGACGGGGGAGCGCGUGCGGGCAGCGGAAUGAGAUGCGCCGGUAGCGGGUCGACGCUGUUUCGGUGGGGAAUCCUUAUCCGUGUGUUUGCUGACAAUCCACCCUUUCUGGGGAAGUUUCCCCCCGGGAGUGGGCUUUCGUUAUGGCUUCGGGCGCCGGCAAGGCUGCACAGCCCCCCGGGCAGGGCUCCGCCGUGAACGGGACCACUGCGGCAGAGUUCUCCAAUAUCGAGCAGGAGCUGUACGACUACCAGAUGCACAGCAAGAUGUGCAAGAAGAUCGCCCAGCUCACCAAGGUGAUUUACUCGCUGAACAUGAAGAAUGAGGAGCAGGAAGCGGCCCUGCAGGCCCUGAGCCACGCUCACCACGACGAGCUGCACCGCAUCCUGAUGGACACCUGCCACGAAGGCGAGGGCUCGGCCUUAAGGACCCGUCUCCUUGAACUGCAGGAGUCUCUGGACCAGCAGCAGCGCGUUGGAGCCCAGGUACAGGCCGACUUUGAGUGCUUCCGCCUGCAGGUGGAGGAGAAGGAGCGGGAGACGGAGGCGGAGCUGAGGAAAGAGUUCGAGGAGAAGCUCCGGACCGCCGAGGCCGAGCUCCAGGAGGCGAGGGCUCAGGUCAGCCAGACUCAGGAGGAGAGCCUGAGCCUGAGCGCGCAACUGGAGAAAGCCGGGGAGCAGAUCCAGGAGCUGAGCGCCAAAUGCGAGGAGCUUCAAAACGCAGCGGACGAGGAGAGGACGAGGAAGGACGAGGAGAGACAGAAAGGGGACGAGGAGAAGGAGAAGCAGGAGGAGGAGAGGAGAACCGAGAAGCACGAAGACCUGAAACGGGUCAGGGGCCUCUUGGAGGAGCUGAAGGCUCUGAAGGAGGAGAAGGAGGGAGCGGAGGAGGAGAAGAAGCGGGCGGUGCGGGAGGAGCGGGAGCAGUGGGAGCGGAAGGUGACCGACCUGAAUGAGGAGCGGGAGGCCAUGAGGAAGAGAAUCGAGGCGGAGUGGAGAGAGGAGCGGCAGAGGUGGGAGGAGCGGGAGGAGGAGGAGAAAAAGGGGAUGCACAGCGCCCUUCGAGAGAGGGUGAAGCGGGCCGAGGGGGAGGUGGAGAGUCACCUGGAGAGGCUGGCGGAGAGCAAGAGGCACACGGUGAAGCUACAAGAGCGGAUACAGGACCUGGAGGAAGAGCUGGAGCUGGAUCGUAAGCGGGUGUCCGAGGCCGAGGGCGUGGUCAAGCGGGCGGAGGAGGAGCUGGCGGUGGCGAAGGAGAGGCUGCUUCUGCAGGAGAACGAGCUUCAGAGCAGAGCAGAGGAGCUGCUGAGUCGUGGGGGGUGCGAGGUCUGCGUGUGCGUGGAGAUAGAGGAGCUGCGGGCCCAGGUGAGCCGCCUGCAGAGCCGGAACAGAGAGCUGGAGCUCCAGAGCAGCGGCAGAAACAGCGACCACGCCCGGCAGAUACGGCAGCACGCCGAGGCCCUGUCCAGCCUGCGCUCGGAGAUGGUCAGGGCCCAGACGGAGGAGCUGCGGCGCAUCCAGAAGCACGCGGACGACGAGAGGGACAAACUGCAGAGAGAGAUGGAACGAGAGAAGGAGAAGCUGCAGAGGGAGAGGGAGCAGGAGAAGGAGCGCUUCGAGAAGGAGCGCGGCAGGCUGCGGCGGGAGAAGGACGAGGAGAAAGAGGCGCUGCACAAGGAGGCGGAGGAGACGAGGGAGCGGCUGAGGAGGGAAAAGGAGGAGGAGGUGGAGCGGCUGGGCAAAGAGCUGGAGGUGGAGAGGGUCCGCGUCCGCGCCCAGCUGGACAAGAGCAUCGAGCAGGUGGAGGCGGAGCGGGCCAACGUGCAGCAGAAGCUGGAGGAGGAGAAGAAGAGGCUGGCGGAGAAGGCGGAGGAGGACAGGAAGCGGCUGAAGGAGCAAGUACGCAAGGCCAUAGAGGAGGUGAUGAGGAGGCACGCGGCCGAAUUAAACAGCGUCCAGGAAGCUCUGAGCUCAGAGAGGAAGACCAACCAGGAGGUUUGUGCGCGUUUGGAGGAGGAGAGGCGAGCUGCCGAGGAGCUGCGCUACGGCCUGGAGAAGGAACAGGAUGAGCUGAGGACAAAACUGAAGGAUGCCAGCGCAGAGAUCUGUAGGCUGGAGGCAGCGGUCCAAAAGAGUGACAAGAGGGAAAAGACGCCUCCCGAAGCCUCCCCCCCCUCGUGCGGGCCGCAGUGCUCCCGGCUGGAGGAAGAGCUUCACCAGGCCCGGGGGCGACUGGCCCGCGUUCAGGAGGAGGCGGACAGGCACCGGGACAGGCAGCAGAAAGAGAUCGCGUCGCUGAGGGCCGACAAGCAUCGGCUGGAGGAGAAAGUCCUGGAGCAGAGCAGGAAGAACACGGAGAAGAGUCUCCUGGAGCAGAGCCAGCGGAACAUGGAGGACCGCAUCAGGGCAGAGUGUGAGGAUCGUCUCAGAGCAGAGUUCAGGAUAGAGAUGAACGCCGCCGUGGCCGAGAGUGAGCAGCGGUGGGCCGACCGGGAGCAGGAGCUCCAGAGCCAGAUAUCUGAGCUGCAGGGUCAGCUGACCGAGCUGGAGGCGGAUAAGAAGAAGGCGGGACAGGGAGACGAUUGCCACGGCAACCCUGAAAUCGACAGGCUGCGAAAGGAAGUCCAAGACACCAGGGAAAUAAACAAGAAACUGAGGGAGCUGCUGCAGAGACGUGACAGUGUGGGCGUAAAGAGAGCCGCUGCGAAACCCAAAAAAAAAACCUGCCUUAUUGUGUUGAAGGAGCCAAAAAGCCAGUCGUCAGCGGAGGAAAAACACGGUCACGCCAUGGCGCUGCAGGCAAUGGAGAGGCAAGCAAAGGAAGAUCUGUUGUCUGAGAGGAACAGACUUCAGACCAUGCACCACUUGGAACUCGCACGAUGUGUGUGUGUGUGUGUGUGUGUGUGUGUGUGUGUCUAUUUUUGUGCACAGGACUUGAAGCAGCAGAACCAGUACCAGGUGUUCGAGCGACAGCUGGAUGAGAGUCGCUGUGCCAUGCUGGAGCUUCAGAGAGAAAACGCAACGCUGAAGAAGCAGCUGAAAGAGCGGUCGGUGCAGAAGAACCCUGAAACCGAGGAGAAGGAAGAGGAGAGUGUGGACGUGGAGAAGAAGAGGGACGCUCAGCUGGAGGAGGAGGCGCAGCGGCUGAAGGAGGAGGUGGAGAAGCUCAGGGUGGAAAUGGAGAAACUGGAGGAGUCGCAGAAGCACUGGGAGGACAGGAGAGAGGACGAGGUGAAAGAGGAGGAGGAGGUGGACGAGGAGAAGAAGAAGGAGCGGGAGGAGGAGAAGCGCAGAGAGGAGGUGGAGGAGAUCAGGAAGGAGCACAAGAGGGAGAUGCAGAGCCUGGUCACCGAGUACAGCUCCGCCCAGAAUCACCUGCAAGCUCGCAUAGUGGCGCUGGAGAACGAACUGCGUGAGCGGGAGGAACGGUGCAGGAGGAGAGAGCCCCGGUGCGAGGACCUGCAGCUGGGCAGGCUCCAGGAGAAGCUGACCGAGAGAGACCAGCUCAUCAAGCGGCUGGUGGUGAGGGCCAGCGCCCGCUGGAAGCCCACAGGAAAACCUUUUUCUGUUUUCCUGUGGGCUUACUCCUCCGAUAACCUCCGACCCAAACAGGAGGAGGAGAGGCAUCAGCUGCAGCUCCACCCUCCCGUCGGCGGGGACGGCGGCGCCCUCAGGCUCCGUGACGGCAAGUCCCGCCCGGGCAGCGUCACGCCGACCAUGAGGACGAAGCGUGUGGAGUCGCCUCCUCGUGUCACCAGCACAGCCGCCUACGACAGGAGCAUCUUCCUCCCCCACUCCUCCUCCUCGUCUUCCUCCUCCUCUGUCCAUCAGCACUCCUCCUCCACCCUCCCCCACCAGUCCUCCUCCCAUCCCCAGAUCUCCCCCCACUACUCCACCUCCUCCCUCCCGCACAAGCACACCUCCCUGUCCCUGAGCCAACAGUCCUCCCCGUCCCUGGCCCGCUCCACCAGGUCCCGGACCUCCUGCAUCCCUCCCACCCCGGCGCCCACCGCGCCUCUUCCCGUGUGCCCCUCCCCGCAGACGGGCAUCCGAUACGUGUCCCCCUCCUGCCAGGAGCCACACGCACACCUGCAGGCCCACUCGAUCAGGGGCCCGUACCUGGAGCAGAGGGGGAUAGAAGGGCUGAAGCAGGAGUGGUUCACCAAAUACUUCUCCUUCUGAGCACAAACACACAUUAAAACACAUACAGACACACAGCAGCCGCAAGUACAUCUCAUAUACAGGUCAUUGCUUCGAUUUCAGACAGGUAACGUCCCA